AUCGGGCACUUUGCUUAACCCGAUCAUCUGCGCGUUUCUUCAGAAGUCGGCCCUGCUAAUGGCAGGGGGUUUUGCUCUACCGAACACGCACGCCUUUCUUCCUUCCGGGCUACGGUUAAAGGCAGAGGAACUUUGGGUUUCUGUUUGGUUUGCAACUUUGCAACUUGAGCAGAGUCCGCUUCUUGUCGGCGGCCGCCUGGUCUUCUUUGCGCGCGCUCGCGCCCCGCCGAGGAUGCCCAGGGUGAUGCUAGAAGGAGCCCGGAAUGCCUUAUGUGGAUCGUCAGAACCGAAUCUGUGGGUUCCUGGACAUUGAGGACAAUGAGUCCUGUGGGAAGUUCCUGCGAAGAUAUUUCAUCCUGGAUACCCAGGCCAAUAGCCUUCUGUGGUACAUGGACAAUCCCCAGAACUUGGCUGUGGGGGCCAAAGCAGUGGGAUCUUUGCAGCUGACCUACAUCUCGAAGGUCAGUGUGGCUCCCCCCAAACAAAAGCCAAAAACACCCCUCUGCUUUGUUAUUAAUGCGUUGUCUCAGCGCUAUGUUUUGCAAGCCAAUGACCAAAAGGACCUGCAGGACUGGGUGGAGGCACUAAAUCGGGCCAGCAAGAUCACGGUUCCAAAGGGUGAAAGUUUCCCUCCAACUGCAGAAGUUGUCAAGCGUCCCUACAGGACUGAGAUCAUUGGUGGGGUGGUUGUGCAGACGCCAAUCUCAGUCAACCAGAAUGGAGGGGAUGGCUCCGAAAGCGGCGAGCCAGCAGUGCAUCCUCUUCUGAAACGGUCCCAGAGUUACAUCCCCAGUACCAAAACGCCACCUGGGCCACCCGUCCUCAAGAGCGGCUACUGUGUCAAGCAGGGGAAUGUGAGGAAGAGCUGGAAACGGCGGUAUUUCACCCUGGAUGACUUUUCCAUCAGUUACUUCAAGUGUGAGCAGGACAAAGAGCCAUUGCGAUCAAUCCUCCUGAAGGACGUGCUGAAGACUCAUGAAUGUCUAGUGAAAUCCGGUGAUCUUCUAAUGCGGGACAAUCUCUUUGAAAUCACAACGAGCUACAGGACCUUCUAUAUCCAGGCCUAUAGCCCUGAGGACAUGCACAGCUGGAUCAAGGAGAUCAGCGGGGCUGUGCAGGCCCUAAAGAGCUGCCCUAGGGACUUGGUGAGAUCUGCUUCGGUGAACAAGCGCGGAGGCCCCAGUUCAGCCGUGCCUCCCAUUGAGAGGCUGAAGCAUCUGGGAGGGGAGCCCAAGGCCUCUGCCAAAAGCCCGUCGGCCUCGUGCUGGCUGCCUUGGAUGCCGGUGCCCCAGUCGGAAGGGAAGCCGCAGCCUGCAGCAGAGCAGAAGGCUGGCCUGCCGAAGGACUCGGAGUUCUCCCCUCUGUUUGCCCAGCGAGAUGCUAGAGCCACGCAGGGUGGGCGUCUCCGGCACAGGUCGGAGCCCCAGAACUUUAAAGAGCAUCCAUUUCCCUUUGACCUGGAUGAUGAGAGCAUCCGGACCUCGGAUGUGUGACUGUGCACUGCAAAGCAGCGCCUGUCGAUGUACAGACCAUGUUGACGCUUCCCUGGUCCUGACACAUGGCUGUGUUGGGGCAAAUGCUAGCUAGCUUGCACAUGCUUAGGAAGCUGGAGCUGGAGCAGUCACUGUGAUGUGAUGACCUUAAAUAUGGGAAGCACAUGAGAUGCAACCUCCAGCCCUGGAGUCAUUCCUUGCACAUUUUCAGUGUGAUGUGGUUCCUUCAUCUCAGAUGCCUUCCCAUGUAGUAAAGGAGAGACCACCUUUGCCAAUCAGCUAGAAACCUGGUAUGGGUCUUCUCUCUCUCUCUCUCUCUCUCUCUCUGUGUGUGUGUGUGUGUGUGUGUGUGUGUGUGUGUGUGUCACUCACUGGAGUCAUCUUGACCUCUUCUGGCAAUGUGCCCAGGUACACCCCACUGUUUUUGUAGCAGCACACUGGUGGUCUGGCUUGCAUGCUUGAUCUGCAGAGGAGUUGAAGGCAGCACUCCUAACUUCUGUGGGAGAGGACUUUGAGGGUUCUUCCAUAAUUGUGGCUUUUGAAGAAAUCCUGUGGAACAGUGUUGGACUGUCAGUUUUGAUGUGAAUGUCUAACUCUCUAGCUCUCACAUAAACCUGUGUGUGUAACAGAUGCUCUUCA